AUGGGAAUAACGAUCAGAAGGGCCACUAUUAAUGACAUACAGGCUAUGCAAAAUGCUAACCUUCACAAUUUACCAGAGAAUUAUCUUUUAAAAUAUUAUAUGUACCAUAUAUUAUCUUGGCCACAAGCGUCAUAUGUUGCCACCACAUAUGAUGAGAUAGUACAUGAUGAAGAUGCACCAAUAGAAGAUCCUAAGGGAGACACCGCAUACAUAAACAAGGGAGAAAAAAUUGUAGGAUACGUUUUGGGUAAGAUGGAAGAUGAUCCAGCUGCUGAUGAUAAAACUCCUCAUGGUCAUAUUACAUCACUUUCAGUCAUGAGAACUUAUAGAAGAAUGGGUAUUGCUGAGAAGUUGAUGCGCCAAGCUCUUUAUGCUAUGUGUGAAUGCUUUGAUGCUGAAUAUGUUUCCUUGCACGUUCGUAAGUCAAACCGUGCUGCUUUGCAUUUAUAUCGUGAUUCACUUCAAUUUGAAGUCACUUCAAAUGAAAAAUCUUAUUAUCAAGAUGGUGAAGAUGCAUAUGCAAUGAAAAAGGUAUUGAAGUUGGAUGAACUUAUCCCUGGAUUGAUGCAAAAAUCUGAAGAAAUAGAUGACUUAACUUCAGAUUUAUUAGACGAUUUGUAA